AUGUGGCUCUAUCGGGGCGCGCAGUCCGCGGUCUUCUACUACGUGACUUGCACACCAUGUGCUAUGAGCAUCGACCGUCGGAAGCGCAAGAAGGAUGCCGCGCGAAUCCAGCGUCUCAAUGAGAAGGCCGCGGCCGAUCUCGUUACCGAUCAACCCCGGCCAUUUCCGCAGGCGACCGCCUUCAGCACUAAUGAAGGGUGGACCGAGGAGAUAUCAUUAGGACCUGGGCCUCCGACUCGUCGAGGUGGAAACCGCAACCAUGCGAGGACGAACAGUGGGAAUACGGAUCAAGGUUCGCUGUCGAAGAAGGAUAAGAGUGGCGGCCUCAUGCAACCUCUUAACGAUCGGUGGAAAUCUAUGCGGUACCAACGUGAAGAUGAGCCUCUCUGGGGUCAGGAAGUUCGGGGUUCGUCGAUUGGCUUCUCGGGUCGUGGUCGUACCGAUCAUCAGGAGCCGCCCAAGUAUUAUGCAGCGCAUGUACCUCCUGUCAAUGAUCUACAUCCGCCUAUCGUGAGUGGGCCCCGCAGCCGCGCCGAAACGAGAUGGAUGCUCCAACCACCGCCCAGUGCGAAGGUCAUGGCUGGCAAAGAACGAUUCGAUAUGUCCUCUCCUCGCGAUAGUAUGGGUGGCUUUAACGACUGGCCAUCCCGCACUAUCAGGGGUUGCGCCAUCCAGGAGGAGGAGGCUGAACACAUCAGCAAGGAAACUGAGGACGGCACAGUUGAUACAACCGCCGUCCAGCAACAAUUACCUCGUCGACCAUCCGUAUCUCGCGUCCGCGCAAGUUUUGAAAGUGCUAUUCGCGACGACUUUGAUCGACCUCGGGAUUCCCGAUCCGACUCCAUGUUCUCCAUUGCCGACGAUCAAUCCUUCAGCACUUCGUGGAAGUACCCCGACACCCCUACGACACGGCCAGCUUCCGAUUCCACCGAAGGCAGCAUCAAGGCACCUCGUCCACAAAUCUCAAAGACGUUGUCUACCCUGCAACGACCGGAUGGCCCCAAGCACAAGGUCCACCUGUUGCACCUAGAGAUCAACGAUGACCGAGACGAAGUCGCUGUCGGCCAGCUAGAACCCAUUCGCCCGUGGCGCUGGAGCAUGGAUAUAUAA